CGACAAUCGUCGGUUCAUGAGACACGCACGCUUUAAUUGCCAUGAGCGCCAAGGUAACUGAUCCAAACCGCCAGGCUAGCAGCCAAGUCGACUUCGAAUCGCUCGUGGUCGCGGCCUUUGUGUCCCUUUGUGUUGCGGAUUCGCCGCACGCACGUCUCCGGCAAAUGCACCGGGCCACUCAAAAUGGACGCAAAGUCCAUUGCCGAGCCUUGUCGGGAGGUAAGACAAACCGCUGCUUCAAAAUUUACGUUGCCUAUGAAGAUGGCGAUGAUGAUGACGACAGCAACAACAACUUGGCCGUUUUUGGCAAGCUCGCGUUUGACCACGCCUUAUGGGAUCCCCAACACCCCAUGCCCUACGAUUUAUCACGCACCGUGAACGAGUAUCGAAUCAUGGUAGCCUUCCAGCGAUACAUACCAAACGCACCGGUUGCCACACCAUUGGCCUGUUUAGAUCUCACCGUACCAUCCGGCGAAUUCCGUGAUGGCCUCAACACCGACACAGGCGUGCGGCAAGCAAAGCUGCUCUUAAUUGAAUGGACUCAGGCUGAGGAACCCUGGGCUCAUCAAUUCAAUCGAGGUAUUGUGGAUCAGCGAGUAAUUCCGAAAGUAGCGCGUGCUCUGGCAGCUCUGCACAAUUUUCCGAACAUUAACGAUUUCGGUCGAGACUUCAAUCAAGGUGUCCGGCCUUGUAUGCGUUUGCUUUUUCAAGCCUGCCGUGAUGCAAUGGCAACAUUACUUUCCAGCAAUUCAAAACAGGACCGUUGUCUCGCAGCCUUACGUCUACUAGGGCCGCACGGUGUUGAACGUUUGAUGGACCGGCACGUAGAUUCGUACGAAUGCAGGAAUGCACUGGUACAUCACGAUGUCCAUUUAUUUAACAUUUUGGUUGAGCCAGCCACACCUAGCAAUGCAUCUUGUAACAAUGCCGAGACUCAGAAGAUUAAGCAGGCAACUUUAACUUCGGAAAGGGAUGAACCUGCCGUAGUUCUUUGCGAUUGGGAAAUGACAUUCUGGGGUCCUAUGGGGAGCGAUCCUGGAAAGGUUAUGUCUUGGCCGCUUGCGGUGGCAUGUUGCCAUGCAGCCGCGGAUCGGGAUACUGAACUCGCUGGACGUUUGGCUGUCAUGACCAACGUCUUUUGGGAGGCCUAUGCCAACGCACUGCGAAAAAAUAUGGACAGAGACAACGACGAUUGCGAAUGCCAAGUGUUUCGGGAAGCCAUGGGCUGGACUGGUUCCAUGCUGUUGACCGGUAUUUACGUGUUUGGUUUGUACCGCGAGGAGUUGCCCCUACAUUCUUUAUCAGAGACGCUCCGUGUUGAAGUUCUUGCCUCCAUUGGGUUGCUAGGGAUCAAACUGAUGCAGUAUGGUUUUGAACAUAUGGAACCCCAUUUGACACUGCAUCAGCUGAGGGCUAGGUAUUGCAUCAUUAUCCAAGAGGAACUAAAAUACCUUGCAAAUAAUUCGCGUUGA